AAAGUGGAGGAUCCGGUUUAUCCCGGGCGAGUCUGGAAGGGGGGCUGGUGGAGGCAGCGCGGGGAGCCUGAGGGCUGCGGGAGGUUGCGGCGGCUGCGGCGGCAUGGUGGGGCCGGAGAAGGAGCAGAGCUGGAUCCCCAAGAUCUUCAAGAAGAAGACCUGCACGACGUUCAUAGUUGACCCCACGGAUACCGGAGGGACCUUUUGCCAGUGCGGGCGGCCCCGGAGUGCCCACCCAUCAGUGGCUGUGGAGGACGCGUUCGGGGCGGCCGUGGUGACCGUGUGGGACGGCGAUGCACACACCACGGAGAAGCCCACUGAUGCCUACGGGGAAGUGAACUUCACAGGGGCCAACCACAAGCCCAGCAAUUUCCUCCGGCUCUCUGACCGCACGGAUCCAGCUACAGUUUAUAGUCUGGUUACACGCACAUGGGGCUUCCGUGCCCCGAACCUGGUGGUGUCAGUGCUGGGGGGAUCGGGGGGCCCUGUCCUCCAGACCUGGCUGCAGGACCUGCUGCGACGAGGGCUGGUGCGGGCUGCCCAGAGCACAGGAGCCUGGAUUGUCACUGGGGGGCUGCACACAGGCAUCGGCCGGCACGUUGGUAUGGCUGUGAGGGACCACCAGAUGGCCAGCACUGGGGGCACCAAGGUGGUGGCCAUGGGCGUGGCCCCCUGGGGUGUGGUCCAGAAUAGAGACAGCCUCACCAACCCCAAGGGCUCGUUCCCUGCGACCUACGAGUGGCGCGACAACCCUGAGGACGGGGGCCAGUUUCCUCUCGACUACAACUACUCGGCCUUCUUCCUGGUGGAUGACGGCACCCACGGCCGCCUGGGUGGCGAGAACCGCUUCCGCCUGCGCUUCGAGUCCUACAUCGCGCAGCAGAAGGCGGGUGUGGGCGGGAGUGGAAUUGACAUCCCUGUCCUCCUCCUCCUGAUUGAUGGUGAUGAGAAGAUGCUGAAGCGGAUAGAGAAUGCCACCCAGGCUCAGCUCCCCUGCCUCCUGGUCGCUGGCUCUGGGGGAGCGGCAGACUGCCUGGUGGAGACCCUGGAGGACACUCUGGCCCCGGGGAGUGGGGGAGCCAGGCGAGGGGAAGCCCAGGAUCGGAUUAGGCGUUUCUUCCCCAAAGGGGACCCUGAGGUUCUGCAGGCCCAGGUGGAGAGGAUUAUGACCCGGAAGGAGCUGCUGACGGUCUAUUCAUCUGAGGAUGGCUCUGAGGAAUUUGAGACCAUUGUUUUGAAGGCCCUCGUGAAGGCUUGCGGGAGCUCUGAGGCCUCAGCUUACCUGGACGAGCUGCGUUUGGCGGUGGCUUGGAACCGCGUGGACAUUGCCCAGAGCGAACUCUUUCGGGGGGACAUCCAAUGGCGGUCCUUCCACCUGGAGGCCUCCCUCAUGGACGCCCUGCUCAACGACCGGCCUGAGUUCGUGCGCCUGCUCAUCUCCCACGGCCUCAGCUUGGGCCGCUUCCUGACCCCGACGCGCCUGGACCAACUCUACAGCGCGGUGCCCCCCAGCUCGCUCAUCCGCAGCCUCCUGGACCAGGUGUCCCACGGCGCGGCCGCCAAAGCCUCUGCCCUAAAAGGCGAGGCUGCGGAGCCGCCGCCCCCUGAGGUGGGCCAGGUGCUGAAGAUGCUGCUGGGGAAGAUGUGCGCCCCGCGGUACCCCUCCGGGGCCGCCUCGGAGCCCCACCCGGGCCCGGGCAGCAAGGAGAAGGCGGAGAGCGUGCGUCUGCUCCUGGACAGAGCCACCUCCGAGCUCUCGCUGGACGCUGGCCUCGGGCAGGCCCCCUGGAAUGACCUGCUCCUGUGGGCACUGCUGCUGAACAGAGCCCAGAUGGCCUUGUACUUCUGGGAGAUGGGCUCCAACGCUGUGGCUUCAGCUCUUGGGGCCUGUUUGCUGCUUCGAGUGCUGGCGCGUCUGGAGUCUGAGGCUGAGGAGGCAGCACGGAGGAAAGACCUGGCCACCAAGUUUGAGGGGAUGGCCGUUGACCUCUUUGGCAAGUGCUUCCACAGCAGCGAGAAUCGGGCCACCCAACUACUGUUUCGUCACUGCCCACUCUGGGGCGAUGCCACCUGCCUCCAGCUUGCCAUGCAGGCUGACGCUCGUGCCUUCUUUGCUCAAGAUGGGAUACAGUCUCUGCUGACCCAGAAGUGGUGGGGGCAGAUGGACAGCAGCACACCCAUCUGGGCCCUGGUCCUCGCCUUCUUUUGUCCCCCACUCAUCUACACUGACCUCAUCACCUUCAGGAAAUCAGAAGAGAGGUCCACACAGAAGGACCUAGAGUCUGACGUGAAUAAGAGCAUUAAUGGGGAAGGUCCUGUCAGGCUGGAGGACCCCGCCAAGAAGACAUCGCUGGAUGCCCUGCCACAGCGCAGGCGCGGGGACAGCUGUUGGGGGUGCGGGUGCCUGCGCCGCUGGUCCCACUUCUGGGGCGCGCCGGUGACGGCCUUCGUGGGCAACGUGGUCAGCUACCUGCUGUUCCUGCUGCUCUUCGCCCACGUGCUGCUCGUGGACUUCCAGCCCGCGCGGCCCGGCGCCGCCGAGCUGCUGCUGUACUUCUGGGCCUUCACCAUGCUGUGCGAGGAGCUGCGCCAGGGCCUGGGCGGCGGCGGCUGGGGCAGCCUGGCCAGCGGGGGCCCCGGGCCGGGCCAGGCCUCGGUGCGCCAGCGCCUGCGCCUCUACGUCUCCGACACCUGGAACCAGUGCGACCUGCUGGCCCUCACCUGCUUCCUCCUGGGCGUGGGCUGCCGGCUGACCCAAGGCCUGUAUGACCUGGGCCGCACUGUCCUCUGCCUCGACUUCAUGAUUUUCACGCUGCGGUUGCUGCACAUCUUCACGGUCAACAAGCAGCUGGGGCCCAAGAUUGUCAUCGUGAACAAGAUGAUGAAGGACGUGUUCUUUUUCAUGUUCUUCCUUGGCGUGUGGCUGGUUGCCUACGGAGUGGCCACUGAGGGGCUCCUAAGGCCCAAGGACCGUGACCUCCCCGGUAUCCUGCGCCGCGUUUUCUACCGGCCUUACCUGCAGAUCUUCGGGCAGAUCCCUCAGGAGGACAUGGACGUGGCCCUCAUGGAGCAUGUCAACUGCUCGUCGGAGCCGGGCUUCUGGGCGCACCCGCCGGGGCCCCAGGCCGGCUCGUGCGUCUCCCUUUAUGCCAACUGGCUGGUGGUCCUGCUCCUUGUCAUCUUCCUGCUGGUGGCCAACAUCCUGCUGGUCAAUUUGCUCAUCGCUAUGUUCAGCCACACGUUCGGCAAAGUACAGGGCAACAGCGACCUCUACUGGAAGGCGCAGCGCUACAGCCUCAUCCAGGAAUUCCACUCUCGGCCGGCGCUGGCCCCGCCCCUUAUUAUCAUCUCCCACGUGCGCCUCCUCCUCAGGAGAUGGCAACGCAGGUCCUCCUCCUCCUCUUCGUCACCCUCCUCCUCGCAUUUCCGGGUCAACCUCUCGAAGGAAGAGGAACGGAAGUUGUUGACUUGGGAAUCGGUGCAGAAGGAGCAUUUCUUGCUGGUGCGCGCUCGGGACAAGCGGGAGAGCGACUCUGAGCGUCUGAAGCGCACGUCCCAGAAGGUGGACACUGCGUUGAAGCAGCUAGGACACAUCCGCGAGUAUGAGCAGCGUCUGAAAGGGCUGGAGCGGGAGGUCCGGCAUUGUAGCCGCGUCCUGGGCUGGGUGGCUGAGGCCCUGAGCCGUUCUGCGCUGCUGCCCCCAGGUGGGCCGCCACCCCCAUCCCCGCCUGGGGUCAAAGACUGAGCUCUGUCGGCGGAUGUCAGGGAGUAGCCUCCGCAGCGGUGUUUGCUCCCAGGGUAAGGCCCAGCUGGACCUCGACCCCUGCACCUGGUGGCCUUGUCCUUGGCGUGGGCCCCAUGCCCAUGGACUACCACCUGGGCUGCUGACUACCUUGGGGGGUGUCAUCCAUGCGAACCACAGCAUGCCCGGCUCCUCCCAGAACCACAUCCACUCUGGGAGGACCCAGCUCUGGAGCCUGGGCCAUUGCCCCUCUGAGGGCCCUGCCACAGCACCGGAAGGCUGGAGGGUUCUUGGGGUUACAGGGACCACAGACUCCACUCUCCCCACACUGGGGAAAUA